AUGUCCACAAUCCAAAUCCGCGCCCGCGAACCCACCGACAUCCCCGCCCUCCACGCCCUCAUCCCCCUCAUCCACGCCACAACAGGCUACCCAGUCGAAGGCUCCGCCGUCCCAGCCUCCUUCCUCACCCCAACCUCCACCCUAGCCGCCUACGUCGCCGUCCUCACCACCCCCCAAACAACCACCCCCCUAGGCCAAGCAGCCCUCCACCCCAUCAACCCGGCCAGCACGCUCUUCGCCGCCCUGCAAUCCCACCACCCGGCCGCCCGCGCAGAAGACUACGUCGUGCUGGGCCGGCUGUUCAUCGCGCCGUUUGCGCAGGGGCAGGGCGUGGGGCGCAGGCUUGUGUGUGAGGCGGUGGAGCGGGCGAGGGCGUGGGGGAGGGGGGUCGUGCUGGAUGUGUUGGAGAAGGAUGGGGCUGCGGUGAGGUUUUAUGAGAGGUUGGGGUGGAGGCGGUUGGGGGUUGAGGGGGUGUAUUUUCCGUGGGCGAGGGAGGGGCGGGAGGGCGAGGUCGGGUUUAGGGAGUUUUAUUAUCUUGCUGCUGAGAGGCCGGGGUGA